UUUCAAUUCCUAACCCCUAUAAUUCCUUAAACCCUCGUGCCAAACACAACUUAAGAUUAGACCUAUCUCUCUUUCUUCAUCCUUUUCCCUUCCCUAGUACACAAAAUAGAAGGACUCUUUAUAAUGCAACAAAAAUUAUUGUUUAAGCUCAACAAAUUCAUUACCAUCCUCUUAAUAUUGAUAUUUCCUUACACAGUUUCUUCUACAUUCACAGUAACCAACAACUGUCCAUUUACAAUAUGGCCCGGGACAUUAUCCGGGUCAGGCACGCCCGCACUUUCCUCCACCGGGUUUCAGCUAGAUUCCGGGAAGAGUGCAAGGCUUGAGGCGGUUCCGGGUUGGUCGGGCCGUAUAUGGGCCAGGACGGGCUGCAAGUUUGACGUGACGGGUGCAGGGAAAUGUCAAACAGGGGAUUGUGGAGGGAGGUUGGAAUGUGAUGGGAGCGGGGCGACACCACCAGCUUCGCUGUUUGAGAUCACAUUAGGGCAGGGAAGUAACAAGGAUUUCUAUGAUGUUAGUAUGGUGGAUGGCUAUAAUCUUCCUCUUGUUGCUUGGCCUACUGGGACUAAUGGUGCUGCUUGCAAUGCAACAGGGUGUAUUUCUGACCUUAACAUGGGAUGCCCAAAGGAGCUGCAGGUGAUGGGCGGAGAUGGUGGAGGAGGAGUGAUCGCAUGCAAAAGCGCCUGUGAGGCAUUUGGACUAGACCAUUACUGUUGUAGCGGACAGUUUGCUAACCCAACCACAUGUCAACCGUCAUUUUACUCACAAGUCUUCAAGAGAGCUUGUCCAAGGGCGUACAGUUACGCCUUUGAUGACGCCUCAAGCACAUUCACAUGCAAGGCUUACAACUAUGCCAUAGUUUUCUGCCCCAAAUCUGCUGCUGUGACCAGGAACCCAAAUAAUGGCGCAGCUACACCACCGCCAACUAUCCCAUAUAAUCCACCACCAACUGGUGGCGCAGCUAUGUCACCGCCAAGUAUCCCAUAUGAUUCACCACCAACUGGAGGCGCAGCUAUAUCACCACCAACUGGAGGUGCAGCUAGGUCACCACCAAGUUUCACCUACAGUCCCCCGGUUGGUGGCACAGCUAUGUCACCACCAAACACCCCUUAUAAAUUACCACCAAGUCCCACAUACAGUUCGCCACCAAUUGGUAGCGCAGCUAAAUCACCCCCAAAUAUCCCAUUUACGUCACCUCCAAGUUUCUCCUACAAUUCACCUCCGAUUGGCCAAGAUACACAACCGAGCCCCGUUGGCGAUUCAGCACCACCAUUCAUAAAUCACAGUUUUGGGGAAUCUGAGGGAGAGGUCUCCUCCUCAUAUACCCUCUUACCAUACCCUGUGUAUACACUUUUGACCUUCAUCAGUUUGCUGCUGUUGAGGUAAAACGGUUCCUUAAAUAGAACUCAACAUUCAGCACUCUAGGCGGGGAAAUCAAGAAUCAAUCAGAAGAUGACCAAUAUAAUUCUUCAUAGUUCAGUAGGUACUAGGCAGAUCAACUGUAAAUUGAAUCACCAGAGACAAUCCAUGGACACAGAUAUCUAUGAUUGCAAACAU